GAGGGAGGUAGGCAUCGUGGCAGGCUGCAGCGGCGGCAUGGCUUCGUCUCGCGGGAGAAGUAGUGACCUGCGCUUCGCCGACUGGAUGUCGAGUCUCCCGCAGAGCAUGCACAGCAUCCCGCUCACCAACUUGGCCAUCCCCGGUUCCCAUGACUCCUUCAGCUUCUACAUCGACGAAGCGUCUCCCGUGGGCCCCGAGCAGCCGGAGACGGUGCAAAACUUCGUGUCGGUUUUCGGCACGGUGGCCAAGAAACUGAUGCGAAAGUGGUUAGCCACACAGACCAUGAACUUCAAUAGCCAGCUGGAGGCCGGCAUCCGCUUCUUUGACCUGCGCAUCUCCACCAAACCCAGAGACCCUGACAACGAGCUCUUCUUUGCCCAUGGACUCUUCAGUGCCACGGUGAGAGAAGGUCUGGAGCAGAUCAGCAGCUUCUUGUCGGCACACGCUAGAGAAGUGGUGUUCCUGGACUUCAACCACUUCUAUGGCGUGCAAAACCUGCACCACGAGAAGCUGGUGACCAUGUUGAAGGACAUUUUUGGAGACAAGCUCUGCCCGGUCGUCUUUGCCCAGGAGGUGAGUCUGCAGUAUCUCUGGGAGAAGGAGUACCAGGUGCUGGUCUUUUACCACCACCCCAUGGCCCUGGAGGUGCCCUUCCUUUGGCCCGGCCAGAUGAUGCCUGCCCCCUGGGCCAACACCACCGACCCGGAGAAGCUGGUUCAGUUUCUCCAGGCCUCUGUCACUGACCGCAGGAGGAAGGGGACCUUCUUUGUGUCCCAGGUGGUCCUCACACCCAAGGCCAGCACAGUGAUGAAGGGCGUGGCUAGUGGACUGCGAGAGACAAUCACAGAAAGGGCAUUGCCGGGAAUGAUGCAGUGGAUCCGGUCGCAGAGACCCGGCGAGAGCGGCAUCAACAUCAUCACCGCCGACUUUGUGGAGCUGGGCGAGUUCAUCAGCGCCGUCAUCACGCUCAACUACCACAUGGACGACGAAGACGACGCCACCUGAGAGCUGUCAGUGGGGUCGCCGGGGAGCACGGUCGCCCUCCCACCCCCCAGCUGCCGGGGGCGAGGGGGGGCUUGGUCUGUGCUCUGCCUUUUUUCUCCUUGGCGUUUGUUUCAGAGGCGAUGUGCUGCUCCUUUCACUUUAUUUAGGGCUAUAGUGAAAUGGUGAAUGAUGACACGCAGAUGAGGUUGAGAGAAGAAUCGUUCCGAUGGUGAGUUAGAUGGAGUACGAUGAAAAUGUCAGCCUACUAAUUUGGGGACGAAAAUGUCUCCCCUUUUUAAGUGAGGUGUAACAACCGUGCUGUAAAAAUAACUGCUUUCACCAUACAAGUGUAAGGCUUUUUAUAUUUGUUCCUCAUAAUGCAUUUCCGCUCACCAUAUUCUUACGUGAUUCUUAUCUCAAAGGUCGUCUGUGAAAUAGUUUAAAUGGAAGCCGGUGUCAGAAGGGAGCCAAACCAAGUCCAGUCCAGGUUUUUCUCCUUUUGAAGUUUUAGCAGGUUUAUUCAACACAUUGAAGCCCAUUGAUGUUUGUGCGCCAAAUUAGUCAAUUAAAACAGUCAAUUCAACAUUUUCUUUUAACUAAUAGUAAUUUCACUUAUUUUUUAAAUGUAUCUAAUUAUUUUAACAUUGUUUUCCAUGAUUUAUUUAUUUGUAAGUCAUUAAUUUGCUGUUUUGUUGGGGUAGGAGUGGUUACCCCCACCCACACACACGCACACCUUUAUCAUUGGGAGGAUGGGGGAAAACACAAUUAAAUAACCAGAUGAGUUUUUCAUUUUUAAUGUUUUAAUUUAGUUUUAUUAUUUAUGUACAACAUUGAUUUAAACCCACCAUUGGGUCCCAUUGCAAGUAUGCAGCAAAAUCUCUAUAGUAAUCAAUUAAACAAACUUUCACUUUUUAAAAUGUCCCCAAAAAAUGGAAAACCUCAACAUAACAAAUGAAACAAGAUUUCACAUAUUUAAAAAAGUCUUUUAUUAGUUUUUUAAUGUAUGCAUUUAUUUAUUAAUUUGGUGGUGUUGUAUUUAUUGAUGACCAACCUCAUACCACGGAGAGAAUGUGGGAGGUGAUGGUGGCGGGUGACAAUUAAUCAAUAAGAUUACAAAGCUCUUAAAACAUUUCUUAUACAUUUUUAAUAUAUAUAUAUUUUUUAGAAUAUUUGUUGAUUGAUUUAAACCCAUCUUUUACCACUGAGAGAAUGUGGGAAAAAUCUCCAAAUUAGCAAAUAAAACAGGAUUACACUUUUAAAAAAAAAUAUUUUACUUUUUAAAUUAUUUUUUUUAAAAUAUGUAUUUAUUGAUGAAACCACGAUACCAUCGAGAGCAUGUGGCAAAAAAAACUAUUAAACUACAAGACUACACACCUUACACAACAAAAUGUUACAUUUAUAUUUAGUAUUUAUUGUUAUUUAUUGAUUCUGACCCAUCUGGUACCGCAAUAAUCUCCAAAACAUUUAAUUAAACAACAAGAUUUCAUGUCUUUCUCAUGUUUAAAAAGGUCUUGGAGGUUUGUAUUAAACCUCACUUUAAACCAGUGAGUUUGUGAGGUAGAAAAAAAAAAGCAAAUAAGGUAUUAUGGAGAAAAAAAAGAAGGUGUUGCUGUAAAGGUUUGUGGAGAGUUUGUUGGCUCCGAAUGAAUUAGUGGUGGGUGCUGAGUCGUGAUGUAUAAAAAUAUUACUCACAAGAGUCCAUGGAGCAUCUGUUUAUGCUUUCAAUCCCCUCCUUGUACGUCUGUAUUGACUGCUGUGGUGGAGUCUUCAUGAGUCACCGUCAUGGUUUUGUAGUCUUUCUGCUGACGCACAACUUUAGACGUGAACUUUAUUUCAAGUCAACUUUUUUUUAUUUCUUUUUACAGCACUGCUUCAACAUGUUUUAGAUAAGCCCUUUUGGUAGCACAUUAGUGUCUUUAUCGGGUGUCUUUGAAUGUGUUCAGAGCUUGGAAUUUCAUAUUAUCAGGCAUUGUUGUUUCAAUAUCUGGUCAUUAAUGACUUUGUGAGAUAGGUAAAUUAAAGUGACAAAAGCAUUGACAGGAAGAUGACGUGCCGCUGUAUUGGUCAAAAAUAACGUUUACCUCUUACAUACACCCCAAAAAAAAAUAAAUAAUAAUUCUCAUGCACCAAAAGAAUUCUCACACUCAUUGGAAAAUCUCUCACAUUUACCCCAAACAUUAACAUACACUGACAAACUUCUUAUUCACACCCCAAACUCUCACCGCCCCCCCCCCCCCCCCCAAAAAAAAAUCAUACUCACUAUCUCACCCCCAGCCAACCCCCCAAAUAAAUCUCACUCACACCAGACAAAAGGUUUUUUGUUCCUUUUAGUAAGAAGGCUUUUGGUGAAUAAGGACAUUUUUGACGUGUGAGUUAUUUGGAAUGUGAGAGAACUUUUUUUUUUUUUUGGGGUGAGUAUGCGUUUUAAAAAUUUUUUUGGGUGUGGGUGAGAUGUUUUAUGGGGGCUACAUGUGACACUUUUUUUGUGAGUUUUCUGGUGUGGGAUAGUUUUUUUUUUUUUAGCUUGUGAGAGGUUCUUUGUAAGUUUUGCAGUGUUUUUCCGUGUGAGUGAGAUGUUUUUAGGGGUAAAUGUGAGACUGUAAGAGAUUAAGUGAAGGAUUUUUUUAGGUAAUUGAGUUUUUCAUGUGAGAGCUUUUGGUGUGUGUGAGAGUUUCUGGGUAUGUGUGAGAUAUUUUUAGAAAAGUGAAAUGUUUUGAGUGAGAGCGUGGAAGUUUUUGUGAGAGAGAGGUUUGUGAUUUUCUUUGUAUAUGAGAUCCUUUUUUGUGAGACCUUUAAUGGUGUGUGUGUGUGAAUGUGUGUGAUUUAUUUAUUUAUUUAUUUUUUGUUUGAGUGUGAGAGGUAAAUGUUAGUUUUGGCCUAUUCGGCACUUGUUACAGAAUAAGUGUUUUUUUGCAUUUUCAACAAAACAAAAUGCAGCACUUUUUGCAGGGACUGUAUCCUGGACGUGAGGAUUGUUGUCUCAUUCACGACAUCUGACCAUGACACAAAACUAUUAGGGAUCGGUGAAUGUGUCUUAAAAGUCAACGGUGCUGUGAGCUUGCGAUGAAAAGUCCCGUUUGUACGCUUCCGUGUCCUCAAAUCAGUGUGCUUUUUAUGUUUUAUAUCGUGUUUAUACAUACUGUAAUUGCAAAUGAGUAUAUUGCCAAGAAAUUGCAAAGCAGUGACUUUACCACUUUGCGAUAAUUCGUCUUCUUCUUUUUUUUUUUUAAAUACAAAUUUGGUAGUGAUGUGCAUGAGCAGAAAACUUUAUUGACGCACCACUUGGAUGCGUAAAUUCUGUGCAUAUGUUUUAUUAUUUAUAUUCUUAUACUUGCAUGACUUUAAGACAAAAAUCUACAGUUUUUUUCUCACGAUUGCAGUCAAAGGGACAAAACUGCACAAAUGACUUUGAGACUUGAAAAGAGAGUAACAUUGUGUUGUGAGGUCAUUAUUGUCUUUCCUGAUCAAAGCUGUUGUCACUGCUUUUAUGUUCUGGUAUAUAUAUUUAAAAAACAAAAAACAAACAACAACAACAAAAAAAUAACGGAUGAUACAAUAAAAGAGUCCUUCGCUGUGUUGUAAAACUGAAAUCUACGUUCCAAGAGUGGCAGAUAAAUAAAAGCC